AUGUCUCAAUAUCCUCCCUACCCAGGACCCUACAACGGCUACGGCCAGUAUCACGGCCAACCGCCUCCCCAGCCGCCUCCCCAAUCGCCGUACGGAUAUCAGCAUCCUCCGAACUUCUCGGUCCCUCCUCCCGUUACAGCUCCUCCCCCAUACAACGCCGCCCCAUUGUUCCCACCUCCGGGUCAGCCUGGAUUCGGUAUUGAUACGAAUCGCAACAUUUCGCAGGGCGCAUUUGACUAUAACUCGAUGCAAAUCCCGGGCCUUGGAAUUGGUGGCCCACCUGCUACGAGCACGCCUUUUGGCGUCCCACCUAUUCCCAGUCCCUGGGGUCGACCGCCGCCGUCAUUCCAGAACUAUCAGCCGCCGCCCAUGAUGCCUCAGCAGCCGACGCAGCCCUCUGCGCCUCGCGCCUUUGGCGGAUACUCUGGUCCAAGCCAACCCGUUGCUGCUGGACCUUCCUCGAACGGCCCUGUAAACCGCCCCGCCAAUCUCCCGCCGAAGCUUCCCCCCAAGCCGCCUGCUCGCGUCACGAGAGAGAUCGAGAUAGAGGAGGGGGAGUUGAGUGAGGGUCAGUUUGAGGACCUGUAUGAGCCUGCCCCUCCCAUCACUGUCAACACCAAUAUAAAGAAAGCUUCAAAGCCCGUCCCGGCUCCUGUCGAGAGUCAGCCCACGAGCGCAGUCGAUACUCCGGAUGCGAAUUUCUAUGGAAAUGAUGAGGACGAGGGAGAAAUACCGGCGAAGGAUGGCCGAGGUGGUGUACCUGGCUCAACACGUGAACGGUCCGGCUCCUACUCGCCUUUCCUCUCGCCAAGGGAGCUGCAAUCUGGAAAUCCGACUCCGCAAAAUGGCGAUAAGAAUAUGCCAGCACCGCAAUCUGUCCCCGACCGAACAAAAGCGAUCGGUAAUGCUAAUGGACGAGCGCCUCUUGUUCCUGGUCUUCAAUUUGCCGCAUCCUCCUUUAGCAACUCUGCGACACCCAAAAAUACCGAACAAUCGGGGCCUGCACCCCAAACUGCUCCUGGUAACUCGUCUGCGCCGAAAACGUUACAAACGGUCCAAAAGGAAGCUCAGCUUGCCAUAUUGCGUCUGCUACCCCUGGGCGUCAAAUAUCAGAAUUACAUAGAAGAGGGUAUUGAUGAGAAGGUCGUCCAAAAGCUCUACAACAACCUUCAUCUUGAUAUACCGAAGCCCGCCUCGGAGGCUGCAACGACAACUGCGCCAAAGGCCGCCCAAGAACAGGUGUCCAGCCCCGUACCCACCUCGCCGCGGACCACAAAGGUACAACAGCAACAACCGACACCUGUCGUUACUGAUACCGUUUCCACAACUGAGCAACCAGGCAAAGAAGAAAGUCGCAAAGACCGUAUUGCGCGGUUAAUGGCCGCAAAGGCUGAGAAGGCCGCAAAGCCUCCAGCUGCCCCUGCCUCGAAACCUCCUUCUGCGCCCGCCCCCAAAACGGCACCUGCUCCUGUCGCAGUGGCGCAAUCGAGCCCCGUAUUUUCCGAACCAAAGGCAGCGCCAGCGGCAAUGCAAGAAAAGCCGAGUGGCGAUGCCGCCGCGCCCAAGCCCAAACUGGGCCCUAAGGAGCUCUUGUUACAGCAAAAGAUUGCAGCACUACAAAAGUCUCGCGAAGCGCAGAAGCAGGGACAGGCAAACAUCAAACCACAAAUCGCGACUCCAGGUCUUGUUGACAAGGCUACAAGCACUCAUAUUUCUAAUUAUGCGGCCUCAACCGGUUUAAAAAAUGGCGUACCCCAGCCUCAAGCCCAGGCUAAUGUUUCCACGGCGGUGCCGUCUAUUCCCGGCCUUCACUUUUCUGGAACCCCGAAUGCUCAACCUCCGCUACCUGCGAACCCGCGGAAAAGACCAGUGGCUGCUGAUUUUGUAGAGUACUCCUCAGCAGCAGCCAGUCUGCCUAAACGACCUUUCGGUCAAAUCCGGAAGGAAACCUCCCUGGUCAUUGAUGUGACUGAUGGCUCAGACGACGAGGAUAUGGACAUAGAUAUGGACAUGGAGUCUCCUACUGAUGUCUCACAGCCAACACAGACAGCUAAUGGGAGCUUCCAGAGUGGCGGGCCAUUGCGUGAUUUCCCACUUUUGACAGACACCUUGCCGUCGCGGCAAGUUUCAAGCCCGGUCCCCGUUUUGCAGGCAUCGAAUCCACCUGCAACAGCGCAGAAUAUUAGAAGACGAGAAACGGAACUCGACGUCAAAGAAAGGAUGAUUCAGGAAAUGCGCAGGAAGAUUGCUGAGGCCGAGGCCAAGAGGAAGGCCAAGAAGUCUUCCGCGGGUUCGCAAACGCCUACGCAGCCUGAGCACACCCCGGAGCUGAAGGAUGAUGGAGGAUCCAGGCUGCCUAUCACUCGGCAGUCGGUUUCGACAAGCUGUACGGGCCUAUCUUCUGUCACAACGCCCCUACGGCCCGCUUCAGCAGCACCUGUUCUUAACUCACCAAGCACUGCAGAACCUGCAAAGCCAAAUCCAGCUGCAAAGGCGGCACUGGAAGCCAAGAUGGACAGGCUGAGGCAGCUGCGAGAGGAACAAGCUCGCUUGGAAGCCGAGAUCAAUGGGUUGUCCGAAGAACCCGAGCAGCCUGACAUCAACACUAUGGAAGUUCCCACCCAGUCGAACGGUUCAGAUAAGGAUACCACUUCUGAUUUCUGCAAGCCUGAUAUUUCAUCAGCGCCUUCAGAAUCCUUGAAAGCGGGCAGCACCCUUGUAGGUGCUGAAGAUCAGUCUUCAGCGUCGUCCUCCAUCCCGGUCCGGGCUGCCGAUGGCCAAGAGGAAACGGUUCCUGCAGAGACCGUUGAACAAGACGAUCCAACAUCCACCAUGUCACUUAAUGAAGGCGAAGAGUUGGAGUUGGACCAAGCCGGACAGCCCACAGAUAUGUCUGAGGGCAUCCCGCCAUCACAGCCGGUCGACGAAGCUGGCCGUGGUGGCUCUGAAGCUCAACGCGAGAACACGCCUGCCAAGCUUGAUGAAACGUUACCCAUGGACAUCGACUCAUCUCCGUCCAGUCCUACUUCCCUUGAGUCCUCUCCCGAGGAUAGUUCGCCCCUACCAGACCAAAUCUCGGUUGUUGCUCAGCCUCGUGAAGCUGCUCAGGAGCUAGAGGAGGAACCUGCAAGAGAUGUAAACGUCGUUUCUCCUGAGGUCCCUGACCCUGUUCAGUUAACCAGAUCACAGGAGACUCACGAGACGGCGAUGGCCAAGACAGGCUCGUUCAGACCUUACGAAAGCCCGCUGCGCUACUUCCAUGCGUAUCGAUUUCACCCGAGCUACCGGGACACUGUUUCCGGUGGCCUCAGAUCUCUAACCUACAGUAACAGAAUAAAUCCAUCCAUACCUCUCUGCCCGUCAGAGAUUGCUGGUGAACAAUGCGACGAGACGUGCGAGUUCCAGCACAUUAAAUAUAUUGUUGCUCCUGACGAUGCCAUCCUCUUGGAGCUCGGCAAAGCCGACGAAUUCGAAGGCGAGCAAAAGACCCGGUUCAUCGAUGGUCUUCGCAAGCUCCUUCACGAAUUCCGUGCAAAGAAGGUCAGAGACUUCGACGCGAUUGCUCGCGGCAUCAUCGAAUACCGCGCUCGCUUCCUGGGGGAUAGGUCAAAGGUGCUUCCGUUGGAAGGGGUAACCCUUUGAUCGCCCCCCUUGCCAUUUCAAGGCAUUUACCCUUCA